AUGGUCAGUGAUCUCGCCACCCUUAUGUCCGUCAUCACGAAACAAAGAUCUUCUUCUCAGCCGGAAUCCUUAAACCGCGCAUUCGAUGAAGCUAUAAAAGCCUUAGAUGACUUACCUAAAAACGAAGACGACCUAACUAAUAGCUCCGGACCUUAUUCUAGCUUCGCUAACCUUCCGUCGGCCAAGUUCAUACCUAUCAACGAUGCUAUUAACAAGCGCAAGAACAACACGCGCUCUUUCACCUUUAAAGAUGCUGCUGCUAGCACGUCAUCGUCCAAUGCUAGCCCUAUUAAGAAGAAAAGACCUUCUCAGCUUAAAAAGAACGAAAGAGUUGAAGACGUAAGCACGGAAAAAGACUAUAAAAAAGCUGCUAAAGCGUAA